AGUGCUUUUCUCGCCUUCUAAUUCUCUUACGCUGAGGCAGACUGCUGAGCCCCCUACGAAGCUUCCAAAAUAGGCCACGACGAACGAUCUUCGCCACCGACCAGCUCUUGGUAAGAUAACUUCUUACAACAGCGCUGGUAGCUACCUGUUUUCCCACUGCUAAUCUUUUUUGAAGGCUUUAAUAACAAUGGUUGCUACAAUGUGCCUGCUAUCGGCUGCGACAAGCGUGUUGCUGAGGGUUUAUACGAAGGUAGUGGCGAGUGGUAAGGCUGCCACGACGAGGCCGAUCUUGACAACUCCAACGUCUAGUCCAGGCAACCCUCCGCGCCGGACAGCUAGAGGAUCCCGGUCUUCCUGGUUUAUUCUUGCUCCAUCUGAAUUUCACCAAAAAAUUGCGUCUUUCUUUCAAGCGAAGUUGGAUAUAUUCUGAACUUUAAGACCUUCAAGCGAGAGUGCUCGCAGGCAC